GACGUCAUGACGUCAGAGGAGCCGCGCGUGGGACCCUGCAGCCUCCUCGCCCCCCUCUCCAGUCCGGAGAGACACAAGUUAUCAGGGAGGCAAGCGAAGGGCCAGUCAUCUCCUCACAUCUUUUCUGCAUCUACCACAAUCCCCUUCAUCCUUCCUGUAUGGUGGAUAUUAUUUUCAGCUCUUCUUUCUUGGGUGAUAUGGGGGAUCAUUCCAAAAAGAAGCCAGGAUUCGCGAUGUGUGUAGGAUGUGGAAGUCAGAUCCAUGACCAGUACAUACUGAGAGUCUCUCCCGACCUGGAGUGGCAUGCAGCCUGUCUGAAGUGUGCGGAGUGCAGCCAGUACCUGGAUGAGACCUGCACUUGUUUUGUCCGGGACGGCAAAACAUAUUGCAAAAGAGAUUAUGUAAGGCUGUUUGGAAUAAAAUGCGCAAAAUGCAACCUGGGAUUCAGCAGCAGCGAUUUGGUGAUGAGAGCCCGGGAUAACGUGUACCACAUCGAGUGUUUUCGGUGCUCGGUGUGCAGCAGGCAGCUGCUGCCGGGAGACGAGUUCUCUUUGCGGGAAGAGGAGCUGCUGUGCCGGGCAGACCACAGCCUGCUGCUGGAGAGGAGCUCCACAGGAAGUCCCAUGAGCCCCGGACACAUCCACUCCAACAGACCGCUACACCUGGCAGACCCGGUCACGGUGCGGCAGGCCCCGCAUCGGAACCACGUCCACAAGCAGUCGGAGAAGACGACGCGGGUCAGGACGGUGCUGAACGAGAAGCAGCUCCACACGUUGCGGACCUGCUACAACGCCAACCCGAGGCCGGACGCGUUGAUGAAGGAGCAGCUGGUGGAGAUGACCGGCCUCAGCCCCAGGGUGAUCCGGGUCUGGUUCCAGAACAAGCGCUGCAAAGACAAAAAGAAAUCCAUCCUCAUGAAGCAGCUCCAGCAGCAGCAGCACAGUGAUAAGACUGUAAGCAUCUUCAACCUGCAGGGCCUCACGGGGACGCCUCUUGUGGCUGGGAGUCCUAUCCGACAUGAGAGCACCGUGCAGGGAAACCCAGUGGAGGUUCAGACCUAUCAGCCUCCGUGGAAGGCCCUGAGUGAGUUCGCCUUGCAGAGCGACCUGGACCAGCCAGCCUUCCAACAACUGGUGUCUUUCUCUGAAUCGGGCUCUCUCGGGAACUCCUCGGGCAGCGACGUGACUUCUUUGUCCUCUCAGUUACCGGACACCCCCAACAGUAUGGUACCCAGCCCGGUGGAGACGUGAAACGGGGCCCACUCAAGACCUGCCACCCCCCCCCCCCCCCCCCCCCCC